AUGGCGAAGAGCAGUGAAAAAAAUGUAGCAACAAUGGAGAGUGUGAGGGAUGUCGAGAAAGAAGGCGUUGUGCAGCAGGUGGAAUGUGCACAAGAAUCUGUAGCUGUGAGUGCUACGACCUUGACCGAGGGUUUGCCGUUAUCAAAGGCUCGGUGUGUAGCACUAGUUGCGGUACUGACUAUAGCAUCCGCCAUGAGUAUAUUCAGUGGCCGCCUGGCAGACGUUUACGGCCGACGACGGACAUUCCUCCUAGGCUCAUCAUUCUUCACAGCAGCAUCAAUAAUGGCACCCUUCGUCCCGAACGAAAGCGGUUUCGACGCUAUACGUGGACUUCAAGGUCUCAGUGCCGCGGCCAUGGCAUCUGCUGCGCUAGGAAUCCUAUCCUCCACAUUCCCACCCAGAAACGCCAAAGACAUAGCAUUCAGCUUCUUCGCCAUCGGUGCACCCCUUGGAUGCAUAUUCGGCAACCCCCUCGGCAGUCUCAUAGGAGAGCAUCUACCCUGGCAAUGGACAUACUGGAUCCUCAGCAUCACCGCCGGCAUCUGCACAGCCGCAAGUCACUCCAUCAUCCCGCGACCGCCUCCCUCCCCUACUCCCAGCAAAGCCAGCACAAUCGACUGGAUCGGCGCCGCAAUCCUCACGCUCGCUCUCAUCUUCUUCGUCCUCGCUCUUUCCAAUGGCAACGAAAUCGGCUGGCGCACACCCUGGAUCCCCACACUCCUUGUUCUCUCUUUCUUCCUCCUCGCAAGCUACACAUACUGGCACCACCGCCUCUCCACAACACCCAACAAGACUCCCUUCAUUACCCCCUUCAUCCUUACCCAAAAACAACUCACACCAAUCCUCGUCAUAUCCGCGCUCGUCACAGCUUCGUACACCAUUUUCCUAGCCACCUCUCUCCGCUGGUUCACAGCAUACCAAGCCCUACCCACUUUGCAAAUACUUCUCCAAUUCCUUCCCGCGGGCAUCUGCGCUCUGCUAAUCGCAGUCAUAACACCCCUCAUCCUGUCUCGCAUACCAGGGUUAUACAUCCUCCUCUUCAGCACAGCUUGCGUAUCCCUAUCCUGUCUCCUCUUCGCUAUCCCGCUUCCAGAACACACUAUCUACUGGGCGUACGGACUCCCGGGUAUGAUACUUUGCGCUGCAGGCGUCGUCACCGCGGGACCCGUUCUUACGCUUUUUGUGGCAAGUGCUGUCUCUGAAGAAGAUUCGGCGCUCGGAGCGGGGCUGAUCACGGGUGUGGGGAUGGUUGGGCGGGUGAUUGGGGGUGUUAUUGCGACGGCGGUGGAGAUGGAAAUUGAAGGCGGGGAGAAGGGAGUGGCGCUGGCGCCGGGGGGUUAUGCAUUGAAAGAGGGGAUAAGGGGUAUGGCGUGGUUUGGUUUCGCGGUUAGUGUAGUAGCAGUAAUGGUGGUUGGGGGUUUUACGAGGGGAAUGGGGUCAUUGGGGGGAAGAGAUUAA